ACGUUUUGUGACUUUUGGAGAGCUGCCAAAAGUGAAACUUAGUGCCCCAGACAAGCAGGGGCAAGUCUGCCAAGGAAGCUGUGGCCAGAAGCACAGAUCAGAAACACAAUGGCUCUGCUAACAGCCAAAACAUUCAGGUUACAGUUUAACAACAAGCGCCGCGUCACAAAGCCUUACUACCCGAGGAAGGCCCUCUUGUGUUACCAGCUGACGCCGCAGAAUGGCUCCACGCCUACCAGAGGCUACUUUAAAAACAAGAAAAAGCGCCAUGCAGAAAUUCGCUUUAUUAACAAGAUCAAGUCCAUGGGACUGGACGAAACGCAGUGCUACCAAAUCACCUGUUACCUCACGUGGAGCCCCUGCCCCUCCUGUGCCCGGGAGCUGUUUGACUUCAUCAAGGCUCACGACCAUCUGAACCUGCGCAUCUUCGCCUCCCGCCUGUACUACCACUGGUGCAGGCGCCAGCAGGAGGGGCUGCGGCUUCUGUGUGGAUCCCAGGUCCCGGUGGAGGUCAUGGGCUUCCCAGAGUUUGCUGACUGCUGGGAAAACUUUGUGGACCACGAGGAACCUCUUUCCUUCAACCCCUCUGAGAUGUUAGAGGAGCUAGAUAAAAACAGUCGAGCCGUAAAGCGACGGCUUGAGAAGAUAAAGGUGAGGUACUGUCCUGCCUGCUGCCCCCGACCUCCUCACCGCCUGCCGCAGCCCCAUACCCAGUCAAACCUCUGCCCACUGCCCUUACCCCUACCUUUUUUUCAUUUCUUUUCUUUUCUUUUUUGAGACAAGAUCUCACUCUGUCACCCAGGCAGGAGUGCAGUGGUGCGAUCUCGGCUCAGUGCAACCUCCGCCUCCCGGAUUCAAGUGAUUCUCCUGCCUCAGCCUCCCGAGUAGCUGGGAGUACAGGCACUCGCCAACAUGCUCAGCUAAUUUUUGCAUUUUUAGUAGACACAGGGUUUUACCAUGUUGCCCAGGCUGGUCUUGAACUCUUGGUCUCAAGUGACCUGCCCGCCUUGGCCUCCCAAAGUGCUGAGAUUACAGGUGUGAGCCACCAUGCCCCGCCCCACUACCUGUUUCUUUUUUGUGUUCUCCUUUCGCACCAGGGGCUCCCUCUUGUUCUUUUAGAUUCCAGGGGUACAUGUGCAGGGUUGUUACAUGGAUAUAUUGUGUGAUGCUGAGGUUUGAGUCACCCAAUCUACUGGAACAUAGCACCCAAUAGGUAGUUUUUCAGCCCUGGCCCCCCUCCCACCCUCUCUUCUUUUGGAGUCUCCAGUGUCUAUUAUUUCCAUCUUUAUGUCCAUGUGUACCUCUCACCAUAUACAAAAAUUGACUCGGCCAGGUGCAGUGGCUCACGCCUGUAGUCCCAGCACUGGGAGGCCAAGGCAGGCGUAUCAAGAGGUCAGGAGUUCGAGACUAGCCUGGCCAACAUGGUGAAACCCCAUCUCUGCACCUAUAAUCCCAGCUACUCAGGAGGCUGAGGCGUGAGAAUUGCUUGAACCCGGGAGGUGGGAAGUUGCAGUGAGCCAAGAUCAUGCCACUGCACUCCAGCCUGGGCAACAGAGCAAGACUCUGUCCCGAAAAAAAAAAAAAUUAACUCAAGAUGUGCUGGGCAUGAUGACUCAGGCCUGUAAUCCCAGCACUUCAGGAGGCCAAGGCGGGUGGAUCGCUUGAGCCCAGGAGUUCAACACCAGCCUGGGCAACAUGGCAAAUCCCUAUCUCUACAAAAAAUACAAAAAUCAGCCAGGCAUGGUGGCAUGUGUCCGUGGUCCCAGCCAUUCGCGAGGGUGAAUGCGAGAUUGCAUGAGUUCAGGGGGGUGAAGGCUGUAGUGAGCUGAGAUCGUGCCACUGCACUCCAGCCUGGGCGACAGAGUGAGGCUUUGCUUAAAAAAGAAUAAUAACCCAAGAUGAAUUAAAGACUUAAAUGUAAGACCUCAAACUAUGAAAAUCUUAGAAGAAAACCUGGGAAAUAUGAAAUACUCUACUGGACACUGGUCUAUGCAAAGAAUUUAUGAUUAAAUUCUGAAAAGCAAAUGCAACCAAAACAGAAGUUGACAAUUGGGAUCUAAUUAAAUGGAGCUCCUGCACAGCAAAAGAAACUAUCAACAGAGUAAACAGACAAUCUCCCUUUUUGAAGAUGCUCUUGUCACCUCCCUGUUUUUCUCCAGGCCCUUUCUUGGCCCUUCUGGUGCCAGUUCGUUUCUCUUCCUAAUGAUCUCAUCCUCACCUCUCCCUCCCUUCCUCCCUGUGGUGUCUCACCAGUUGGUACCUCCUAAUUUCUCUCUUUCUCUCUCAGCAGUCCCGGAGUGUGGAUGUUUUAGAGAAUGGCUUAAGAAGUUUGCAGCUUGGACCCGUAUCCCCUCAUUGUCAAGAGGCAACUCAAGAUGACUUUCCCUGGGGCAUGUCAGUUGCCUCAUAGCCUGCUGGUCCUGUGAGCAAGCACCAAGCUCCACAGUGCCGGUUCCUUGCCCCAAACCUGGCCCCAUCCAAGUACAGAAGACCUUUUUUUCCUCCUUUUUCCAUAAUGCUUUCUGUUCUAAGUGGGUGAAUAAUUUUAUAAUUGGAAAAAUAAAGAUAAUUUUAAAGUCUAUAAAUCCAGCCGGGUACGGUGGCUGACGCCUGUAAUCCUAGCACUUUGGGAGGCUGAGAUGCUCAGCCAAUAAAUUUAUAUUGUUUAUGAAUCA